GGAGGGCUUGGCCCACAUGCAGCAGCCGUUCACAGGGUCACUGAGCUGAGGCGAUGAGAAGACCAUUAGCGACCCCGCUUGAAUGGUUUGGGGAACUACAACCCCCACUGAGCCAAGAACAAGAGGGUUUAUUAUGACUCAGGCUAUAACCCUCAGAGUUUUCUCUUGAAUGUAUGAAGAAACGCCUCAUUUAAUGCAACUCCUGGAUUUUUAUUCGUUUUCAAAGCUAUACCAGGACUAACAUUACACGCACAGCCAAACUCAACUAUAAUAUAUCCCUGCAGGGACUUUGUGAUAUUUAAUGAUGGUUUUGUAAAGCAUAAAUGUAUUAUACCUACAUAAACCAGUUGGAUACAGAUACCACAGCAGACUAUAAAGCGAACAAACCGAAGAUUUUCCAGCAGUGCGCACAGUUAGCUGCACUGGAAGUUUCUGGAAAAGCUGGAGUUGAGGGGAGACAGAAGGUAAACUUCCUCUGUGUGCUGCCACGUCUGAGCCCAGUCCCAGCCCAACUUCCUCUGGAGCCCACAUAGCUUAACGGACGGCGGCGGAGGAGAGGAAUAAACUUGAAUUAAUUAACGGUCUGCCAUGCUGCCCAGGCUCCCUGUCUAUUUCCUUAUUUCUCUACCAGUCCUCCUGGUGCUGGGCAGCAAAACCAAUUCAUCCAAGAAGAGCACUGCUGCCCCUGCCACCGCUGCACCCCGCCCGCCCCCGCCCCAUGACCCCAGCUGGGCUCUGGGUCUGCGUCUGUACCAGGCCCUCCGCUCUGACUCCAGCGCAGUAAACACUCUCUUCUCCCCUCUGCUUGUGGCCUCCUCACUUGGAGCUCUGAGCGGAGGCUCAGCUGGCGCCACUGCCAGCCAGCUCCAAGAUCUCCUCAAGACCCCAUCUUUAGCCAAGCCCGGAGCCAAGGCUGGAGAGAUUCUGUCCGGGGCGCUGAAGAGCUUCACUGAAGCUAAUGGGACCAGCUUCCACCUACAUAGCUCCUCAGCUGUGUUUUCCAAACAAGCUCCUUCGGUCAGCCCGGCCUUUGUUAAAAAUAGCCAGGCUAAGUUCAAACUGCAGCACAAACCACUGGGGAAAGGAGACUCCAAGGCUGACCUGAAGCAGCUCCAUACCUGGGCUAAGGCUGGGCUUGGCGGGCUGGAGAGCGCUCCUUUAGAGGCUGAAAUCAAGGCUAAGGCUGGAGCUCUGAUAGUGGCUAAUGCCCUGCGCUUUAAAGGCCUGUGGGAGAGAGAGUUCAGCGAGGAGAGCACAGAUCGUCGCACCUUCUUGGGGAAGAAAUACACCAAAGUGAUGAUGAUGCACAGAGCAGGUUUGUACCGUCAUCAUGAAGACGUGGAAAACAUGGUGCAGGUGCUGGAGGCCCCUCUGUGGGGAGGAAAGGCCAGCCUGGUGCUCCUGUUGCCCUUCCAGGUCGAGAAUCUGUCCAGGCUGGAGAAGCUGCUGACCCUGGAGCGGCUGUCCAAGUGGCUAGAGAAGACCAAUGUCACCAGUAUGGCUAUCUCGCUACCCAAGGCCAAUAUCACCAGCACGCUCAGUCUGCAGAAACAGUUAUCUGCUCUGGGCUUGACCGACGCGUGGGACCAGAAGGUGGCUGAUUUCUCCGGGGUGUCGGACAAGAGCAAGGGGAAGCUCCACCUGGGCGGCGUCCUCCACUGGGCCUCCCUGGAGCUUGCUGCCCAGGCCGGGAAAGGAAGCGCAGAUCUAGAGGAGGAGAACAUAGAAAAGCCCAAGAUGUUUUACGCUGACCACCCUUUCAUUAUGUUUGUUAGAGACAACGCUACCGGAGCCCUGCUGCUGAUGGGAGCUCUGGACCACGCAGAGGGAGAGGCCAUGCACGAUGAACUGUAGCACCACCAAAAGUUACCAACAUCUGUCCUCUUUUUUUGUCUUUUUUUUGUCUCUUUCUCUUACACAUUCACUCUCAAAGACUACACACCAGUUUUUAAGAGGAGACAUUGUCAUUCACUGUGGCAUACUAUCACAUCAGACUAUGGCUGGCUGUCAUACAUUGACACUGCAUCUCACACUGACUGACACUGACACCACCAUACUUGACACAGUCUCAUACACACACACACCCACACACACAUCGACACCUACAUGGCAUACAUAAAUGAAAAUACUGUACAAGACAUUACUAAAGUUGAUGGAUACUGAAAAAACACUAACUCGGACAGACUCGCAGUUUAUAUCCCUGCUCCUUGUCACUCCCACGCAUGUAAACUCUCUCACACACACACAUUCAAGACCUCAAUGAACAAGUCAACACGAAGCAAAAUGACAAACAAGAGUGCACUGACAAACACUAACAUGCUGACAAGCAGUAGUGGUUACAUUGACACAACACUCCAACAGCAACAUCAACAAAGAACUUUAACAAACAGAUGCUCACAGUGACACUUGAAUCUUCCCUGUCAGGGCAGGUGAGAGUGUGUGUGUGUGUGUGUGCCUGAAUAUGUGUGUGUGUGUGUGCGGUGACCGACAGAUCAAGGGUGCCUGUGCAGCUUCUUUCGGAGCUGGCAGGAACCUAUGGCGGGGUCCCCUGGGCUGCAUCUCAGAAAGACUGAUGGAUCGGCCAAAUGCUUAUUGAUGAGCCAGCUUAAUGCUAAUGGCUGUAAUGAGUCACAACGCUUGUCAACAACACGGAGAGGACAGGGAACCUUUUAAUCUCUUAAUACCAUCAGGGAUCGAUGACACCGUUAUACCGCUGGAAACAAACAUGACUGACAUCGCUUGACUUAAAUGUAACAACAAUGUUUAGGGUGAUUACAGCAAUUAAAAGAUGUAUUGAUUUUCAUUUGUAUAUUUGCUUUUUGGAUGAGUUGAGUAAAUUAACAACAGUGGCUACUGCUGGAAUGCAUAUUUGAUGUUUAAUAUGAGGAUUCUUUUAAAUAAAUAUUUUCUUGCCUGG